CAAUGACUUACACUUAAAUGCUCGAUAUUUCCUCCCAUCCUUCAUCGGCUCAGAACAUUCGCCGCCACUAUGGAUGCCAACUACUCCAUCUAUAGUAUUCCCGUGUAUUGGUUUCUGGCUUUGGUGCCUCACGCUUUCGCCGUGCAACUGAUGAAGGGUGCAAACAACAAAAAAUGGGACAAUGCCAACCCUAGGGGGGCAGACGCAAACGCCAAGUACCAGAAAGCCGUUCCGAAUCAGAUAUGGUGCAAAUUUGAGAGGGCAGAGGCUGCACAUAAGAACAUGCUAGAGAGCGCCCCCCUCUUCAUCGGAGCCAUCCUCGCGGGUAACAUUGCAGGGCUUCCCAAGAGCACGCUCAAUACCGCGGCUGGGGCUUAUUUGGGACUGAGGGUUGCAUAUAUUGCAAUUUAUAUCAAUGUCGCGAAUCAGAAGCUUUCCAUGCUCCGGUCAGCUACUUGGGCAAUCUCGACUGGCGUUCUGUUCAGGCUGCUCAUUCAAGCUGGAAACAAACUUGCAUUUUAAGGUUGAAAUGGGAGGACAAGCUCUUCGAGUAUAAUACCGAACUUUGGUGUGCUGCAGCAUCCUUCCUUCGUCAAGGCUCUCAUUCUUUGAGUUUCUUUUAUCAUGCCCUUUCUUUAUGAUCCCUGUCCUUAUCGUGUCCCCCCUGGCUUCACGGAAUAGUGGAGAGAGGGGUUUUCGAGGAAGAAUACCAUCCGUGCUUCCAGUAGUCCUCAUCCCACUCCCAAAUAUCAAAUAACCGUAUCUGGCCAUAGUUUGCAUGUGGAACCCCG